AUGAAUCUGAACAUGACUCUGUCGGCCGGCUCGUCUACACCAAUAGAGGAUGUAUCUAAUGCUCGAGAGAAGUCGGAAAGGUCUCCGCCACUUUGGGUGCAAGUAUAUCUUCAGACCGACGUAAGCAAGAGCGUACAAUGGAUCAAACGUGCCGAGGCCGCUGGCUGUACUGCUCUUGUUCUCACCGUGGAUACUCCUAUACUCGGCAACAGAUUAUCUGAGCGCCGCAGCCUUCUCGCCGAAAAGGAGCUGAGCACGAAGCCCAUAGCCAGCGCAGCCACCGUGAACCGCAUUCUCAUGGACGCCCGAACCAAGCAAGAGGCCAAGGAUAUCGCCGAUUCCGCCGGCGGCGCUCUGAUCAACUCUGCCCUGACAUGGGAGACUACGUUACCGUUCCUUCGUUCUGUGUCGUCCAUGCAGAUACUUGUCAAAGGCAUCAUGUCCCCUGAGGAUGCGAGGCUUGCAGUUGACUACGGAGUUGAUGGCAUCGUGGUUUCCAACCACGGGGGAAGACAGCUGGACUGCGUGCCUGCCACUCUGGAGCUGCUGCCGCAGAUUGCGGAAGCCGUCGCGGGCAAGAUACCUGUGAUUCUUGACGGUGGGGUAAGGCGGGGAAGCGAUGUAUUCAAGGCGAUAGCUUUGGGCGCAGACUUCGUGCUUGUUGGUCGUCCCGUGCUUUGGGGACUGGCUUACGAUGGAGAAAACGGUGUUUCCGCAGUGUUGAACAUCUUGGAGAGGGAGCUGAGCCAGACGAUGGCACUGGCAGGAGUAAGCUCCAUUUCAGAAAUUGGCCGAUCGUAUCUCGGAGUGACGAGGGAAGAUGGCUUCGGGAUCCAACGUCUAUAG